AUGCUCGACCACGGCAUUCAUCAUGGCGAGGACGAGGCUAACGAUGUAUCCACGCUUCAUACUUCAGAAGCUACCAAUUUACUUGAAGAUAUCCCGGGCGAGAUAUUUCUCCACAUCGCAUCUUUUCUGGAUGAUAUCGCUGACAUUUUGGCAUUGCGUAUGACAUGCUCUGCAACAUACCAACUCACCCACGACAAAGCUCUUUUCUUGUCCUUUUUGCGUUUUCAAAAGCGAUUUCUUCCAUUGCCUCCAUCUUGUACCGAUGAGGCCAUCGUUGCGUUGUCUCUUCAAGAGGUCGAACGUCUAGUCGUCUCCGCACACCGCAUAGACCGUACUUGGCUCCUUCCACGUCCACCUCCGCUUUCUCCCAACCUUCUACCGAAAUUUAGCAUCGAACGUGGAUUCCAUGGUGCGGAUGGUGGUGGUGCCAAGACAAUCCUGGGGAUGGAGGUAUUUCUGGAGAGAUGGUUGCUUUGCGUGUAUCAAGAGCGACUGGUAGAACUAUGGGACCUGCACCCAGAAGGGAUCUUGCCUGGGUCGUCGGAAACUGAUGCAAACGGACAUAUUCAAACUGUCUGUUGCAUGAGCGCGCAAUUGAAGGGCGCAGGUCCAUACUCAUCCUCUUCGACGUGUCUGAACGAUGACAAUGAUUCAUUAAUUCUUGCUGUCACUUCUAACGAGGGUUGUUUGUUUCUCCGUAUCCAGUUGCCCAUCCCGUCCGUCAACGGGACCGCUGUGGAAGCCGGGAUUGAGAUCAUAGUCGUUUUACCCAUGCCAACACCCAUGCUUCUGGUUCGCGCGCUCUAUCCACCUGGUAACCUUGCCAUCAUAUCUCACUCCAACUCGUUCAUUCUACUGAACUGGGGAACAAGUGAGCGCUGGGAAGUGGAUACUUCAAACCCAGAUGAAGAAGAGUUGUGGAACGGCAUCAUAGGAGCAAAGUUCCUUUCUGCCCGCCAUAUAUUGUGCAUCAAAGUGCACUGUAUCGAGCUGUGCACGCUCCCUGCUUUACCUUCGCGUUCGAAGACCACCCAGAGGGACACCAUUCAACAGGAGGCGCGCAUACGGGCACAUGUCGUGACGUACACCCUGCCACGUACUACAUUCCGAGGUGGAUCGUUUUCCGCGCCGCACACGUUGUCGCAGCCAGACCCAUCUCCUACUGAAUGGUCUACUACACGCAUGUCUAUCUCAUUCCUCGCAUUCGACAUCAUACGCGGCCUCUUCCAUUACCGCGUGUCCGUGGAUCUCCCCUGUCCACCCAUGUCUCCUCCGCCAUCGUGCAUUAGUAAAGAGGCUCCAGCACCGCCGCACAUGGCUGUCUACCUCGUCGCUGCCCAUCACAUGGCUGUUCCCGCGGGCGCGUCAGCCAGUAGCCACAGUGGUUCCAUGCGUGUUCCCCGGAGCGGCCUCACGCCGGGUUCCCGCGGAUUCGUCACAUCGUGUGUCCUUGGACAGACGGGGCGACGAGGCGUGUGGGUAGAGCGGCGGCGGGGUAGCGUCAGGAGGGGCAUCGUGGGAUUUGCCACUGCCCGAGACGCUCUCGAGGAGGAUGGUCUCAAUGAGCGCGCCACAAAUGGCACGCAGCAGGCGGGCCAGAUUGGUGCAACAGGAGGUACAGACGAGAGAGACAGCGACCCGAAUUGGUGGGAAAACGGCGUUGAGCCGGGUAUUGAUGGACGGACUGUGUAUGAGAUUAAUUCUUAUGAUCUGCGAGACGAUAUUACUCACUGCGCCUUUGCAGAAGCGACUGGCAGAAUUGUCCUUGGUACGAGGAACGGUCGGAUACAGGUGCUUCGAUGA